AACAGUUUCCUUUUCCCAGCUACAGCCACUCUUAGGCUUUAGGGAUUCUCCAUUUUUCGCUGAAGUACUUUGCUUUGCCUCCAUUGAAACUCGUCGGCUUUGGAACUCCUUAUUCUCAGAGAGCGUUCUCCAUAACUUUUUCAAUUUCCAGACACUUCCGUGAGGGCAUUCACGAAUAAGCACAGCACAGUCCAUGACAUUUUCCCUACAAUCUCCGAAAAUCUUAUGAACCCUUGCCCUUCUAUGUGAAGCGCUGAAAAUGGAUAUCAUGUCCUCCGAUAAUCAGGACAAACUUUGUAAUGUAUGUGGUCAUAUUGGCUUUGAGGAAGUACUUGUUACUUGCUCUAGAUGCUCUACAGCUUGUGAGCACGUGUACUGUAUGAAGGUUUACAACACGAAGCUCCCUGAAAAAUGGAUUUGUGAAGCAUGUGCAAAUACUUCUGAUGGCACUCCAGAUCCUGAUUGGAAUGACAACAUCUUUAUUCCAGCACGGACCAGAAAAUCUUGUGAUGAUCUAGUGAGGCGGUUUAAUUGUAACCAGCCAAUGGCCGUUCGAAAUUCAAAAGUGAAGUUUCUCCCCAGUGAAGAAGCCAUCAGGCUAACGUCAGAAGUGUUCACAUCGCAGCGAUCUGCUUUUGGACAAAACCCUGCCUUGUCAAAGUCCAUUGUACCCAUCUUGAGGAAGACGUCCCCUGUGUCUAGUGCUGUCGUGCCCAAGUUUCCCCCUCCAAAGUCGAAACCAUAUCCUAGACUUUUUCCUUCACGGCUUUUGAGAGAUGGCAGUACACAACUCAGUUCAGCACGAAACCAAAAGACGUCUGUGGUAUCAAAGAAUUCUCAAGCUCAUGCUGGAGAACAUAUUUGUGUGGAACAGUUUUUUGAAGCCAUUUCACCUGCAGAGGAAGUUGAGGGUCCAGGUGUGACCAAUCAAAAGGCAAUGAACCAACCAUGCAAAGCUUCACCAUCAGGUUAUCAUCCCAACAUUUUUAGAGUGAUUUUACCUUCCAAAGAAUUAGAAAAGCUCGAUACAAACAAAGGAAAGACAAUUAACAAACCCCUCAAAGGCUCAUCAUCAAGGCUUCCUGCCCACAUUCCGGGUGCCAUUUUAUCUGCAAAAGUUGCUCAAACAACUGAUACGAACAAGGGGAAGACAAUGAACAAACCGUGCCAAGGUUCAUCAUCAAGUAAUCCGGCAAACACGCUUGCAGCUAUUUUACCUGCCAAACAAGUGAAAACUUGUGAUACAAACAAAGAAAAUGCAAUGAUGAAACCAUGCAAAGGUUCAUCGUCAAGUUCUCCUGUCAACAUUUUUGAAGCCAUUUUACCUGCCAAAGAAGUUCAAAUGCAAUACAAUGACAAAGAGAAGGCAACGAAUGAACCAUGCCAAGGUUCAUCAUCAAGGCAUCCUCCUUCCACGUUUGGCUCAGGCAGUAAGUUUCAAGAAGCUGCUAAAGCUGCGACUACUAAUCCUGAAAAAAGAGACCAGCUUCUUGAGAAGCUUAGUUUUUAUCGUUAUCAUCUCCCGGCUAAAAAUUCUAUCUGGAGGGGAUGCAUCAAAUUCCGCAGUACUACUGACCAAUGUGAGUAUUGUUAUGAAUUCCGAGCUCAGCCCCCAUGCAGAGCCCACAGUAAAGCCACAGAAUUUUCAAAGAAAAUGCCCCCAAUCCUUCAGGCGAGGCUGCUUCGUAGAGAGCAUAUUUGGGUGGAUUUGUUCCAGCACGAUUACCCAGAUUUAAAUGACAUUGCACUGUAUUUUUUCCCUUCUACCCAUAUUGAGAGAGCUAGGCAGAAGAUUGCCAACUUAGCUGUGCUUCUGGAGUCCCAAAAUUCAGUGAUGAUAUGUAACAUGGACAAUGUGGAGUUGCUGAUAUUUACGUCUAAACGGCUGCAUGUGGACGCAAAGGAUGUUCUGAGGAUGGCAAAGACACCGUGCCUCUUGUGGGGACUCUUCCGUCGUGUUAAAGGUGGAGGAGUUGAUGACUCCAAUGUGGACCUGACCGGCAGAGACGGAGCUGUUCUACAAGAUUCUUCAAAAAUGCUUGCCGGAAGCUCUCGACCAAGGGGAGUCGCAAGAAGACUGCCGCCAAGAUAUCGAGAGCCUGAAUGAACGUUGAUCCUGCUAUUUGACAGACAUUAGUGGAAGCUGAAGGAAAACAAUCUUAAGCUUUUGUAUAUUAGCAAUCUCUUAGGUAGAAUAAAAAAAAUCUUGUGUACAAGGUUCUAGCAAUGUACGCAGUUUUACUCAGGAGAGCUGCUUUGGGUUAUACUUUCAUGGGCUGGGUUUUGGGCUAUUAUAACUUGGACUUACUUAGGGCUUUAAUAAGGCUUCAAAUGUGGGCCUCUGUUUAGAGUUCUGACUACUUGGGCUAUUUUUUGGUCUGUCAGAUGGCCCAUAUAUUUUCUCGUGGGCUUGGAGAUGCGCUUCUCUUGGAAGUAAUUGACAAAAUUUUCGAAAAAAGUUUUAUUGCAA